AUGAAUAAGUUAAAAUCGUCACAGAGAGACAAAGUAAAAAAGUUCGUCGCAUUUACUCAGACGAGCGAGAGCACGGCGAUAUACUGUUUGUCUCAGAACGAUUGGAAACUGGACCUCGCAAGCGACAACUAUUUUCAGAAUCCUGAAGCGUACUAUAAGGACUCUAUAAAGGCGACUAUCGAUAGGAAAAAGAUAGAACAGCUAUUCACUAAGUAUAGAGACCAACAAGAGAGUAACAAGAUCACAGUAGAUGGUGUGAUGAAGUUUUUAGAAGACCUUAAUCUAAGUCCAGAAUCAAUUCUAGUUCUUAUUAUAGCAUGGAAGUGUAAAGCAGCAGUGCAAUGCGAGUUUACUAGAGAGGAGUUCACAACAGGAUUCAUAGAACUCGGGGCUGAUAGUAUAGAGAAAUUAAAAGCUAAAUUACCAACAUUUGAGGCAGAGAUAAAGGACCAGAAUAAGUUUAAAGACUUCUAUCAUUUUACAUUCAAUUAUGCAAAGAAUCCAGGCCAGAAAGGACUCGAACUGGACAUGGCCAUAGCUUAUUGGAAUAUUGUGCUCCGUGGCAGAUUUAAAUUCCUAGAUGCUUGGUGUAAAUUUCUUAUGGAGCAUCACAAGAGAUCCAUACCCAAAGACACUUGGAACUUGCUGUUAGACUUUGCAACGCAGAUCGACGACGGCAUGAGCAACUACGACGCAGAGGGCGCGUGGCCCGUGCUCAUCGACGACUUCGUGGAGUGGUGCCAGAAGCAAGGGCUGACGGCCGACGCGGCGAAGGCACUAGAGCCGGCGUCAGGCUAG